UUGUGUCUCGUUUAGGUCGUUUUUGACACCAUAAUGUGAAUGUUACAAUAUUGAAUCCAUAUAUUGACAUAUAACGCAAGUGUUCGAAGCAAUGUUCAGAAUCGAAAGGAUGCUGCAAAUUUGGAUUGUUGUGGGAGUUUGGUGGCUUGGUGCAGAAGUAACAGGAAUAACGCCAAUACCGAAAGUUCACCCGAAUUCAGCCGGCACCACCAUCAGAGACCGAAGAUUUCUUCCAAUUUUUACCGUUUUUCAAUGGGGACAAGGAUUAUGUUCUGCAUCAUCGGGCGAGUACGGAUCGUGUCAGCCAAACAAUGAAUGUGUCUUGAGAGGCGGUAUCCCAGCUGGACCGUGCGCUGGUGGCUACGGAACUUGUUGUAUUUUUAUGGCCUCAUGUGGAGGAGUUGCUCGAGAAAAUGGUACCUACUUCGUAAAUCCGAACCACCCUGACACUACUGACGGGACGGGAAGCUGUCAGUUGACGAUUUUGAAAAUGCAUCCCGACAUCUGUCAGAUUCGACUAGACUUCGACCAGUUUUCCAUCAACGGACCAGAGAUUGUUAACCACAUAUGCAAUAACGAUCAAUUUCUGGUUUCUGGUGGCAGCCCAGCGCCAACUAUUUGUGGAACAUCGAACGGAGAUCACAUGUAUAUCGAUGCUGGUAUGGGGCAAAGUAAUCCUAUAAUUUUAACAGUAAUCACAAGCGGACCUAGUUAUCCACGAUCUUGGCGGAUUCGAAUUUCCCAAAUGCCCUGCGGAGCGGUGUCCAAAGCAGAGCAAGGUUGCUUGCAGUAUUUUACCGGGGUGAGUGGACGGGUCAAGAGUUUCAACUUCGAUACUACUAGCGGUCGUCAGCUGUCGAAUCAGGACUACAGCAUAUGCAUUCGAACGGAGCGAAAUUUUUGUAGUAUACAAUACACGGCCUGUCCGGAUAUGAAUCGAAAUCGUUCGCGGACUUUCACAUUGUCCGGAAACUCCAACAGCCCCGUUCAGGCAAUGGUCGGUGGAGGCACUCAGGGCACACCGAAUUCCUGCACCAACGAUUGGUUGAUGAUUCCGUGUGCAAAAGUGGCCGAUCGCUUGCCAAUGGCCAGUACCUGUGAAGAUAAGAUUUGCGGAGGGACAUUCAACGCCGAAGUGAGUUCUAUCGAAAGGACGGUAAUGUCUACGAUAAGGCCGUUUCGGCUUGCUUUUCAUACGGAUUCGAUAGAGUCACCGAUAGACGUGGAAAACAGAGGAUUCUGUUUGGAUUAUGUUCAGCAGCCUUGCACUAGUAAUUAAACUUAAAUAGACAACUGGAAAGUACCGACAAGUGUGUUAUUUUUUUGUUUACAAACAAUCACUUUCUCAUGCGUUUUGUAUUGAAUUUUGAAUUUAUAGCAUCACUUAGAGCAACACAAAGCCAGGUCUAAAUAGCCGUUAUAUAAUAAUAAUAGAACCAACAGUAGUUUAUUCAUAAUAGAUCUACACAGUUCGAAAAAAUCUUGUGAUUUUACAUCCUGUAAGACGCACAUAAAUGGAGCGCCGUAUUUCACACAAAUUUAUAUUCAAAAACAUGUAAAAUCGUGUGAUUUGAAAAUUUCAUUGCUUGAAAUCGACCGAAAUAAAACACAAAAAAUCGAUAGCCACAGCGCGACUUGAACCCAGAAACAAUAGAUCACAAAGCACGCCACUUAAUCAACUGAGCCAGAGAAGCACAUAUCUGCUCAAUGAAUAAUUGAUGCAUAUGAACUUACACAGCGGCACAGUUGACAAGUUAAGUAGUUAUGAAUUGCAUCGUUUGUGAAGUCAUGUCACCUGUAAAAUUCAUAAUUUUUUUCUGUGUAGAUCAGAUAAACUAAUGAUCGUUUCGUUAGACCAACAUCAAAAUCAAUUUGAAUAACUUUCAACAGUAAGCUACUUUUUCAAUCUGUUUCUAGCAUCGUGUCAUUAACAUAAUUUCGAUUCACAUAAUACAUAACGAACUAAAAAAAACCCUCAAACAAUUCGGUGUCAAGUUCAAUCACCCACUUAUUACAAUCAUUAUUACAUCAUACCAUCGUCAACAUGCCACUAUUAUGUUGUAAUUGAAUUUGAUUUUAGCUCGAAAAGUGCAUUCAAAACAAUAGCUGCUUCCUGUACCGUGAAGCUGAAAACCAACCAAGCUUUAACGGUAAGGAAUAUUAGAUUUCAGCUUAGUAAUAACCAACAGAAGAGUUUUCGGUUUUUUAUUUCCAAAGUUGUUUUUGUAGAGCAAUAAAUGCAGUAGUAAAGAAAUGAAAAUAUGUAAACUAUCAAGGGAUCAAUAUUUUUCCGAAAUGAAUGCACAAAUAUACCAAAAAACUCCUACUCUAUUUGUGUAAGUCUUCGAUGCAAAAUUCGAAUGGAUCGUAGCUCAUGUUACGGUGAUAGAAAUACUUGAAAAGCAUGUGCAUUGAACCCAACCCUACAUUUAUGAAGCAAUCGAUCUGCGUAACUCUUUUUACGAACCAAUCCCAAAUACCGUAAACUUUUCUUACGACCCUACUUCGUAAUAAGAGGUUUUAGCAAAAUAUGAAAAUUUGUGAUAUGGCUAACUGAUAACUGAUAUGACGAAUAGUAGCCGGCAAAUGUUUUUUUAACUCUAUUCAGAAUCCAAGAUGGCGACUUCCGGUUUAUUGAUAUUCCUUGCUAACUCUUAUAUUGUGGAUAUUUUCAUAACGGAUUUAAUAAGUAGAUACCGGAAAAUUAAGUUUGAGGUGGUUCUUGAAUUCAAGAUGGUGAGUUCCGGUUUAAUAAUAUUUCUUUCAAACUCUUUCAAUGUGGAUAUUUACGGAAUGGAUUUGAAGAAUAGAUGCUAGAAAACGUUGUUUCAGGACGUUUUGAAAUCCACUGCACGGUUUAUUUAUAUUUCUAAAAACCUCCCACAACAUGCUUAUUGUUUGGAAAGGGUUUCAAUUUUAACGAAUAAGGAGUCACGAUAAUUAAG